AUGAAGGUAAUCAUCGCAGGCGCAACAGGCUACAUCGGCCAGGAAAUACUCUCGCAAUGCAUCGCGCACCCAUCCAUCACCUCCAUCAUCGCCCUGACCAGACGCGACCUGGACAUCAAAAACGACAAGCUCCGCACCCACCUCAUGAAGGAUGAGGAUUUCCUCUCUUACUCGGACCCAAAACUAAGAGAGGAACUGAAAGGUGCAAGUGCCUGUCUGUGGUCCAUCGGCCUACGCCCAUCCCACGCAGGGAAUGACGAGCGCACCCGUGUGAUUUCUGUAGAUUACCCUGCUGCAGCAGCGGCGAAUAUGACAGAUAUCGCCUCGACAUCAGCUCCCGGUGGGAAACUGCGGUUCGUAUAUAUCAGUGGCUCUGGCGUAGAGCGGGACCAGAAUAAGUCGCUUUGGUAUAUGGGCAACUUUCGUCGUCUGAGGGGUGAAUCGGAGAAUGUUCUCCUGAGACAUGCUCAGGCGAAUCCAGAUGCAUUCGAGGCGUAUAUCAUGCGCCCUGGGCUGGUUCCGUCUACGCAGGGAACUCUUCGCGAUCGUCUUUGGGGCAUGUUUCCGUCUGUUAGGAUGGAUCUUCUUGCGCGGGCUAUGCUUGAUAUUGCGAUCAAUGGGAAUAAAGAGACGACGAUUGAGAACCAGACGAUUAAUGAGUGGCCGUGA